CUCGCUCGGAGCAUUGCAACAUCCCCCAACCCCAGAAUUCCAGUGAUACACGAAGAACGGGGUACAUAAUUUGGUGCAACGAUAAGCGCCCUUCUCGCGACCUCAUGUCCUUGUACACCGGUUCAUGACCUUGAAUUACCAAUGUCCGCAGAUUUAUUAGCAGAGUUCGGCCAGGGUUCUGGUUCUGCUCGAAGCUCCGAAUACCCAACUCAGCCAGCACGACCGCCUACAAAUGCUCUGAUCGACGGAUUCGACCAAUCAGAUGAUAUAUUCUUUAGAGAUGCCUCCAAGGCCUCGCAAACGCAUCAGCAAGGUCCCCAGAUAAAUUCACAACAAAGGCAAUACGCGCCCACGGCUGCGGCUCCCCGCCAGGUUGCUGCCUAUCAAACAUUUGAUCUCCCCCGGCCGCAUGACAGUGACGUGCUAUUCGAUGCCACGGUGGACACGCCAGCCAGCGAGGGCGAGGAUGAUGACUGGGGUGAAUUCGAAGGGCCAGAGGCCUCUCAGCAGAGCCAGGCCCAGCAAUCAACGGCUCUAGGAUUAAAUACGCAUACGGCUGUGCCAGCGCCAGCGGCCCAAGCUUCCCGAAAUAUCGGACUCGGCGGAACUGUCGACUUGCUCGGGGAGCUUUCAAUGGAUGAAAACACCUCAGUUCCCUGCCAAAAAUCUCAACAAUCGGCUGGUAACCCUCCAUCCCAGCCAGGAUGGGAUGACGACUCGUUCGGGGACUGGGGUGAGUUCACUGAGGCCCAGUCCGCAAACCCAUUUCCACCAAAGUCCCCCCAGCAGUCAAUUCAAAGGACGACGCCGGGAAACUCAUUACUCGAGGAUGAUACCUUCAGAGAUUGGGGUGACUUCACAGAUGGGCCAUCCACGAACCCACCCCCAAAGGCCUCGCCCAAGAAGCAGGCCUCUAUCAAGGCCACCGUCCCCAUAAAGGCCAGUACAUCAACCAAGAUUACGUCCUCUAAAAAGCCGAAAGCCCCUAUUCAAACCAAACCGCAAGUCAAAUCCAAAAAUCUACCACCAGCCUGGGAAGACGACACCUUUGAAGACUGGGGCGACUUCGACGAUGGCCCAGCACCAUCAACCUUAUCAUCACGACCAUCACCAUCACCAUCCACAGCAACAAUAUCAACACCCUCCCCACAAAGCUUCACCACGAACACACCAACCUCACCCCCUACAGUCCGACCAACCAACAUCCCACCCCCCUCCAUCCUCCUCGAACACCUCUUAACCCAACUCACUACCCUCCAAAAGACCGCCCAAGCAGCCCAAACCCUCCCCACCCCGCAAAAGACCCAAACGGCCACAAGAAUCCAAAAUACCCUCCACACAACAGCCCGCAUAAUCGCCGGCCGCACCCACCGCUGGAAACGCGACACCCUCCUCGCCCAAAGCAUGCGCAUAGGACCCGCCCGCGCGGGGAAACCGGGUGGCAUGAAACUCAGCGCGGUCAAUAAACACGAAGACGUGAAAGAAGAGCAAGAUGCUGUCGACGUGUUGGCGCUGUGGCGUGAGCGCGCGUCGCUGUUCAAUUCCGUCGUGCAGGCUGCGGGGCAGAAACCUAUUCCCGUGGUGCCGGACCCGGCGGCGUUGAGGGUGGUUACGGUUAAAGCGGAGCAGGGGGGUAUUAAGGCUAGUCAUGCUUGUGCGCUUUGUGCGUUGAGGAGGGAUGAGAGGGUUGUAAGGGUUGAUGAGGAGGAUGUGCAGGAUAGUUUUGGGGAGUGGUGGACGGAGCAUUGGGGACAUACUGGGUGUAAGGUGUUUUGGGAAGAGAAUCGGAGUUUACUGAUGCAACGAUGAUGGAGAGUGAAUAUGUUGAUUGGGGUUAAGAGCGGUAGUCUAUCUACCCCAGUCCGGCAAGGUUGCGGUACUUUGCACCAUGCCACGUGAAGGAUGCGAUUCAGUCAACAGGUUCAGCCUAUCAACUUAGUCUAAUCGCCUACUGUCUACAUGGACAAUGGAAAAGGUGCCGUAAGACACUCUGAGCGUAAAAGGGAAAAAGAUAAAUGAUCAAUGUGAAACUACCAUCCAUCUCCUGGUAGCACCCUGAAUUGGAUAAGAAUGAACGACCCCUCCAAACGCCAAUUUCUAGAAGAUAAAAGACAAGAGAGUAGAUGCACAGAGGAAAGAGAAAAUGAGCCAGAAGCGGCAGAGGAGAGCUGCCCGGCCGGCAUCGGGGCCACGGGCCUGUCUGGAUCUGAUCGGCAUGCAUGCCCAAAGGCACGAGCCUAAAGGCUGGGCGCAGGCUGGGAAUUGUCCACGAAUAGCGAUCCCAAGCCUACCUUCCUCUGCAUUUCUGGUCGCAAGUGGGAUCCGCCCGCGCGUGGAAUAGAGUCUGGAGCGUUUCGAUGUGAAUCGAACCAGAUUGAAGGGUUUGGUUUGGCACCACGGGCACUGACACGACUAAUCUGGUCGGUCAGAAAGACAUCAGAGUCUGAAAAGACCCUCGAUGGACUGAAUUAUGGCAGAUCCCAGAGGAUUUAGUUUCAUUCUUCGACCACACUGCAGCAAUGAAGCUGCAACCAUACGGCUGGUGAAGGGGAAGUGAAGAUCGGGUUUCAAUUUCUGUCGGGUUCUGCAGAUGGAUCUGCGCCAAGGGCGAGGGGGAGGACGUAUACCGAAUCCCAAAAUCGGGACUCGUAGAUUGGCGAUAAUGCAAACUAGAAACUCUGAGCGGAGGGCAGUGCCGGCUAAAAUAGGGAGCGUAUUGCGUCAGUUAAUGAACGUAGCACCAUCGUAAACGAAAAUAGGAUCCUCGGCAUCCUUCUUCCACUCCAUGGGGCUCGCUUGGCACGGAAAAGCGAGAAAAAGCAAGGGGGCUUUAGAUUUGGGCGUCUUACAGGACUGCUUAGCAUGCUGUUCCGCUUGUUGCGGCCCUUUUUAAUGUGAUUCUUCAGGGCGGUCGAGUCCAGAGGCUUCAAGAGCUCGAAGCUACAGAGAAGCUCUCCAGAGACUGACAUGAUAGCACCCCAGUUGUCGAACUCGC